GGUAGUAAAGAAAAUAAAAAAGGGUAGAAGAAAAUUGAACCGCUGGAUUGUCCCUCAUCUCUACUCCACUCUGGACUGGAUACAACAGCCUCCGCCACUCCUCUUCCUCCCAAUAAGAAUGUUCUAGAAUUCUUCUAGUUUCCACUUGUCGUGGUUGUAGCCGCCCGCUGCUAUUUGGCUGCUUCCACUGAAAUUACUCAACAAUCAAUUCCAUGAUUAGUUCUUCUUAUCAUCACUAUUCAAAAUAACCAAAAAUCAUCAUGUGUAAGGAAUCCGAAUCCGAAUCCGAUUCCAAUGGAUGGAACCGUGCUCAAGGUUUAGCACUCAAAGCUCUCUUACUCCUCGGUGGCGCUCUUCUCGUCAAGCGUCUCCGUAAGUCCACCACUCGCUGGGACCAUACUCAUUUAGUCACUCAAUCCCUCACCGGCGAAAAGUAUUCCAAGGACCAAGCUUCUAGAGACCCUGAUAACUAUUUCAAUAUUAGAAUGCUUACAUGUCCAGCUGCAGAGCUAGUUGAUGGUUCAAAUGUCCUAUAUUAUGAGCAGGCUUUUUGGAGGAGUCCACAGAAACCCUUUCGCCAGAGGUUGUUAAUGACCAAACCUUGUCCAAAAGAGUUGAAAUGUGAUGUUGAGUUAAGUACAUAUGCCAUCAGAGACAUGGAGGAAUACAAAAAUUUCUGUGAUCGGCCAAAGGAUCAGCGCCCACAACCAGAGGAAGUCAUUGGGGAUAUUGGAGAGCAUUUGACAACAAUACAUCUUAAGCGUUGUUCACGUGGAAAACGCUGCUUAUAUGAAGGUUCAACCCCACCCGAAGGAUUUCCUAAUUCAUGGAAUGGAGCAACCUACUGUACUUCAGAGCUUGCUGUUAUGAAGAACAAUGAGAUACACACCUGGGAUCGGGGUUAUGACGACGAUGGAAAUCAAGUUUGGGGACAAAAAGAAGGCCCUUACGAGUUCAAGCCUGCACCAACCUCCUGUUUUAAUGAUACAUUUUCGCCCUUGAAUUUUCCCCCUCCACCGUCCAUGGAUAGAAGAAUAGAGGGUUCAUUUGUUUUGCAAGAAUGAAAGAGUUUGGUAUGACCAUAAUGUGUAAUUCAGCCACUUGCUAUCUGUCAAUAUAAGUAAUUGUCUUUCUCAUACGUUAGUCAUUACUAUCUUGUCAAUAUUUUGGUUUCAGUCUAUAUUAAAAGCCAUAGCCAAUAAAAAGAGCUAGUUUCUUCGUUUUUCUUGACCGGGGGUUGAUUGAUAUUCCUAGCAUAUAUUUAGGAAAAGAUAGAGAGCUUAGUUAAAGUGAAACCUAAUCUUAGUAUUGAUAGAGGUGCUAAUGAAGAUGCAUAAUUUGCACCUUCACAAUUGCAAUGUAAUUCUGAAAUUUGUCCUAUGGAGAAUGUAUUACUAUGAAUAUCACUUGGAAGAUUUUUCUUUA